AUGGACAAACUCAUGGUUCCAGACGUUCCCGUGAUUCCUGGACCACCAGAACUCCCCUACUCACUCAGGUCCCGAAAACGAUCGAUUUCUAUAUUUUGGACACUCUUUAUAAUUGAUACUCUGGUUCAGCCCUUGGUUCUUUACUUUACCUUAUGGUACUGUACUAAUUUAUCACACAACUUGGUAUUCACAAUAAGCACCGCUGCACUUGGAGGAGUUGCCGUCGUUGAAUAUUUUUAUCGGUUUUAUAACCUAUUCAAAAAGGGAUCGAAAGUGAGGCCGUUGAAUGCAAGGAGGUCAUGGCUUGAUUUCUUUCAAGUGAACUUCACGAUAGUAUGGCUCAUUCUGGCAGUGGAACUAAUUAUAGGAACUGUUCAAGAAGAACCGUACAUUCGUCUCCUGGCGAUGCCAUUACCCACCGUUAUGUUUUAUUUUGGACUCGUUCAUCUAACCCUCGAUCUCCUCCGUGCCUUAGGUUACCAGGCCCCCUUCCGCAUAUCGUCAACGCCUAAGGGAUACGUCAUGCCCACAGCCUUGUACGUAUUGAUUGAAGACGUUGUGGCCGUGGAUGGUGGGGGUGGGCAGGUAUACAGAAGGGCAAUCCGUGAUAGAUAUCUCUCCAGCCCUUACUUCCGACAGAUGCUCUUUGAAAUGAAUUGCUUUUGGGGUGGCGGCUCAGUCAUUUCCGCAGCGGUGAUCACUGCUCUAGUAUUUACAACUCCUAGAGACGUAGCAUAUACGCUCGGAUGGUCUUUACCCUUCGUGUGGGCCGGCAGCUGGGUCCUUAUAACUAUUCCCUGGGUGCAGGCUGAUCUUCGCAAGGAGAAGGCUGCUUGGGGGAAAUACUCCCUUCAUGGAAUUCCUUAUACCGAUGACAUCACUUGUCCUACACCCCAGACUCGGUUUAUAUCUGUUUCUGGCAGGUUGAUGUCCUCACUACCAUUCCAGAAACCGGUAAAGCUCGAUAGAGUUGACAAUAACAACGCCGCGUCGGGUUCCGAUUCUGAGGCUGUAUAA